AUGACCGUAAAGUUCACAAAACCCCCUUCGUCUAUUUUCUCAAGACCUGAAAAGCCAGCACCCCGUACUCGUGCUUCAACUGGCUCUGGAGAAAGCAAUAAUGGAGCGGUCUACCUCCUUUACCACCCAAACAGCAGCAUCGAAGUUCAAGACCACUCUGAUGGAGAGGAACUUGCGCCCGAGGCCAAAGAUCAUGUUCCUGGACGGCUUCACCCGCGCUGCAAUGAGGGGUUUUUACUCGCCAAGAUUGCGGACAAUCUCAAAGAGUUGGGAAAGUUCAACAAGGAGUUCCGCUUUCUUCCCAUCACCAAAACCGCCAGCAAGAUCCAUUGCGCUCAACUCUUUGAGAACAAUGAACACGGGCUCACUAUUGGACCUGCUCUUGCUAUGGUGAAACGGGCUGCCUAG